UUCAACAUGAUUAAGUUUUUUCUUAUUUUUCUAUUCCUGGUUCUUAACAACGAAGCCCAAAAUUUCAAGACCAACCUAUAUGACUACUUAGAACUAGCCUUAAGGUGGCCAAACUCCUUUUGCGUGACACAUGAAGGUGGUUGCAGAGAAACUGUUCCCCAGUAUUUCACCAUCAGCUAUCUUCGUCCAAGGAAAAGGGAGGGGCCAGAUAUGCAAUAUUGCCCCACUCCAAUUACUCUGCCAAAUAGUACCAUCGAGACAAAUAAAAAGGACCUACUCGUAUUCUGGCCUGAUCUGAGCACUGAUAAUUUUAUAGAGAGCAAGUCACUAUGGAGGGACGAAUGGAAAAAGUUUGGAUCGUGCUAUAAUAUGAUGCCAGAUGACUACUUUACGAAUGCGCUAAACAAUAGAAAAAGAAAUGACCUAAAGAGAAUCUUGACAAGUGCAGGUAUUGUAGCAAAUGGAAAUUCAUAUCCAACGCAUAGAGUAUUAGGAAGUUUCAGGAGAGCUCUAGGUGUGAAUGUGAACAUAGUGUGUGAACCAGAUAGAAGUGGCAACUUUUAUCUUGCUGAGGUUCAUCAGUGUGUGGAUGUGUCUGGAACAAUUCCUAUAGAUUGUGACAAUAAAGCAAGAGGGUGUGAAGAUGAUCCCAUCUUUCCCUAUGCGGGAUUCCAACCGGAUCAAAAUCUCAAUUAAUAAUGCAAUCACAAUCUUCUAUCCGGGCAU